UUUUCAAGGGGACCGAUAACAUCGACGUACACUAUGUCUGCCGCGUUACAGCUGUUUAGUAAGUCAAGUUCAGUUUAAUGUAGAACGAACUGCCUUGUACGUCUCUAUUUCUCCGUACAUUAAUAACGCUAUCUCCUAAUUCAUUCAUGUUUAAUCGUACGUUCACAGCUCCUCUCUGUUCACUCGCGGUUUGUUCAACGUACAACAUGAGCGCCCAGUGAACAGUUGUUAAUCUUAUCCAACUGCCGCAAAACUCACGUAAAAGCAGACAUGUGUGAAGCAGAGAAGAAGGACCUGUAUGUUGUUCUGGGAGCCACUUCCUCAGACUCAGUGCAGCAGCUCAGACGCAGAUACCAGCAGCUGGCCCUGCAGUACCAUCCAGACCGUCUCAGGGGAGAGUGUUCUUUAGAAGCAGAGUCUGGUGUGAAGAAGUUCCUGGAAAUUGAUGCAGCCUGGAAGAUCCUGAGCGACCAGGAGAGCAGGAGACAGUACGACCUGCAGAGGAGAGCACAGGAACUCAAACAGGAUUGGCCUGUAGAUUCUAUGGUGAAUCUGGAGGACAUGAUCUGGGACCAGGAUGACUGUGUGUACACAUACUGCUGUCGCUGUGGAGGAGGAUUCAGUGUCUCCGAGGAGGAGGUGGAGGAGGAGACGCAGAGGAGGCAGCAGGACGGUGAAGAGGAUGGAGCAGUGGAAGGACAGCAUGGAGGAGUGGUUGUGUGCUGCGACACAUGUUCCCUCAGUGUGUACGUCACAUGGUCGACGCAUAGAAAGACUCCAAGGUUAUAACGCGCUACAUAACGACACCAACAUUUCCUCUCUUAGAAGUGGACAGUAAUCAUGUGUCCACACCAUCCACAAAGAUGAUCACAGGAAGAUUUGUGUUUACAGGAACAUGAGUAACACAGUGUCAAAUGCCGGCGCAAACUAUGUUUAUAGUCAAAGGCGACAGCCAGGAUCAAGUAGAAGACACAUACUUGCAGAAGAGGCGGUCCAGUGUCCCAGAUCACUGUUGCUCUCGCUCGCUCAGGGUGGACACAUUCAGCUACAGUGAUGUAACAUCAGGAUGUUGACAGGCUGUCAAUGACGGGAGCUUUUGUGAGAUCGUACCCCGUGGAUAUUUAUCCUAGGAGUGUGAGAAGUAAAGUUUUAAUAAAACAAAUUACAAUA